CCUAUAUUUCUUUCUUUUAUUUCCAUUCCAGUGUCAUCAUAGCUUGAUUCAUCCCUCUUUUGGUCAAAACAAUGACUUUUUAGAAAAUUGAUCCCGCCUACAUAUAUAUUAUCGUUUUCUUGAAUAUCUAAUCUAUUUCUUGAGGUUUCAAUCAUACCGAUACCAUAUCGGUUUCUUGACGUUCUAGUCCACCCAUAUCAAUUUCCUAAAGUUCUAAUUAAGCGUACGCAUUUCGACUUCUUGCAGUUUUGUUCUUUUCCAUAUUGGUUUCUUGAAGCUAUUGUCCCAACCAUAUCAGUUUCUUGAUGUUUGGUUCAUGUCCACAUGAUCCAAUUCUUGAAGUUCUAAUCAUGCCCAUCUCGAUUUCUUGAGGUUUAAUACCUAUCCAAAUUGGUUUCUUGAAGCCGGAACUUUUUUGAAGUUCUAAUCAUACGUAUAUCUUGUUCUUGGACUCUUGGUCCAACCCCAUGUUAGCUUCUUUAAUUUGGAUUAAAAAAGUUCUAAUCAUGCAUGCUCACAGUAACUUGAAGUGUUGAUCAUAAGUACAUUGGGUUACAAGCUAAUUGUUUAUUCUCAUGGAUAUAAUCAAGAAAACUUGUUCUAUAAGUUUCUUGAAAGCAAAGCUUCAUGGGUUUAGGUUAGUUUGAAGGUAUAUAUUAAUAUAAAAGCUUAAAGUUAUCUUUUUUCGCAAUGAAUACGCGGUACUUGUUUACACCGGAAUCAUUAUGCAACUCUGCGGUGGCAGUAACAUUUUCACAUUUUCAUUGAUUCCAUCAACGGGAGCCGGAGAAGAGAGGAUGACAGAAAAUAUGGGCCCACGAAGCAUGACCUCGACUCGGGCUCCUUUUGCCAUCCCUUCUUCUUUCUUGGUAAGAAUGGCAAUUAGGAUAUCAAGGGCAAGGUGGUAUAGUUUUGCAAGAAGGGUGUUUCAUUACCAAAACGGGUCAAGAUCAGAUACUGGGUCGAACCCGUUUAAUACGGCUUCUUGGAUGUAUAUGGAAUUGAUGGGUUUGGUUUUCCAAAUUAUGGUUAUAGCGUAUACUCUUUCGGUUUCCAAAGAAGAGAAGGCGGUUUGGCCCAUGAGAACAUGGGUUACCGGGUAUGGAAUCGGCUGUGUGCUUAAUUUGGGUCUAUUAUUUUGGCGAUAUUGGCUUUUUUGCUUGAACCAAAUUGGAGCAGAACUUCCUAGUAACAUUGAAGAAUCUAGGAACUUGCAAAUGAUGAACAAAUCUCGAACAUUUAUGGAACUAUUCUUUGCAAUAUGCAACCUACUUGGAUACAACAUGAAUGCCGGAUCAAUCAAUCGUGGUGCAUCUGAAGAACAGAUAUUGAAGUUGCCUAGUUGGAAAUACAAACAUAUUAUAGAACCCGAUUUGGAACAAGGGAAAUCAAUUGUGGAUAGCUCAACCACAGAAUGUUGUAUAUGUUUAGCAAAAUACAAGGAAAAUGAAGAAAUGAGACAAUUGGGAUGCUCACAUAAAUUUCAUAUGAAAUGUGUGGAUCAAUGGCUCAAAAUAGUAUCAUGUUGUCCCCUUUGCAAAAAAGAAUUAGAAAGAUGACAUGGGUAUGGACACCAACAUGUCAUGACAUUUAAGAACAACAUAUACACGAACACAUGUACACUUAUCUUGUUUUUUGCUUUGAUUUUUAAAAAGAAAAAACUUUAUAUUUGUAAAAAUACGUAUAAGCUUGGUUACUAGAGUGAGGAAAAUGGAUAUAGAUUGUGUUCACCAGUAAUCAUUACGUUUGUUACUAUUAGGUUUAGUUUUAAUUGUACUUGUUAUUUUAUGUACGUUUUUGUAUAAACAGAUGGAUUCUUGAAUCAUUUUAAUGUACAACC